GAACGCUUACUUGCGCGCGGCUUAACAACUGCUGUUAAAGAUCAAUUUUCCGGUGGGAAAUAGUAAACACAUCGCGGCAAAUCAUUUCCACAGAAAUUCCUAUAUAAGUCUGUAUGAGGAUCGCACCGUUCCAUUACUGUGUUUAUAUCUAAGGUUAUUACUUCUGUUUCCAGAGAUGCUUAGGGACUCUACUUACCAGGCAACCUGUUCUAUAUGCAUAGAAUGAAUGGCUUAAUUCCACAACCAACUACUAUCGCUAUAGACUCAGAACUAUUGGCCUGUGCUUAUCGUAAAGGGAAUAAAAUGAUGCAAGAGAAAAAUUCAGCAGAGUUUAACCUGAAGACCAGAUAUUUAUAUAUAAUGGAAGUCUACUUUCUGUGAACAUUCACCAACACGAUGUACUGCGGGGCUAAAGUGUUAACUCUGAUCUCGUUUGUCCUGGGCGCCAUCUCUAUCGGGACCCUGUCUCUGUCAGUGGCCACCGACUCCUGGCUCUUCACCGAGGAAGAAAUGGAGUGUGAGGUUGACAACAUCACUGUGAUGGUUCCGGUCCAGGUCAGGUCCGGUCUGUUUCGGUUCUGUACCAUUUACUCCGAAAUGAACUCCGAUGACCACUGUGUCACAAUGAGUAUCGACCUGAAUGAAGAGAGACUGGAGGAACGACUGACGUCCACCGCCAUCAUGCGUGCUAACAGAGUGUCCACGGUGUUCCCCAUUGUCUCUCUCAUCCUCCUCGUGAUCGCCACCUCCCUUAGCGUCAUCGGAAACAUCAAAAAUGACGUCAAGACGCUCGUAUCGUCUGGUAUCCACAUCCUAUCAGGGCUCAUGUUAGCCGUUGGCAUCAUUCUGUACAUCUCUGCUAUUAACGAUGAGGUUGGACAUCGACCGAAGCCUUCGGAGGCGGACGAAGACACAAAGAAGUUCGAUUACGAGUACGGCUGGUCGUUCUUCUUUGCCGGGACUUCUUUUCUUCUCAUUAUGACCACAGCUGUCAUUCUGGUGUCACUCUAUCUACAACGAAACUCAAAAAGAGAAGAUCUUGUCAAGAUUAUCCCCGGUCUGGGUGACAUAGUCGAAUCUGACGUCAAUGAUGACGUCUUUGCUAGUAACAAUCCAACCAUCAUUCUGUGAAACAAUAAUAUGGGUUUCUUUUCAGUGUUAAGGAUAUUUUGUAUGACCAAAAUGUUCUACUUUGUUAUACUGUGAUAACUUCAUGUGUUGUGGAGUUGGUCCUUGUGCUAACUACUGCUGUUAUUAGCUCAAUUUUUCAAGUAACAUUUUUUAGCUGCUUGGUAAAAUAUUGCUCAUUCUUUUUUAUGCUUCAUGUAGCAAUAUAUCGAAAUAGCAUGGUUUGAAUCAACCCCGUAAUAGAUAUACUAUUAGAACUUUUUUACAGUUUGACUAUCUUUGUAUGCUUGUUUGAAUGUACAGAUGAUACAACACUAAUAUCCCAUCCAAUUCUUAAAGCAUUCUACUAUUGAUAAAUGCACUUUAUACGUUGUAACAAAAAAAUUAUGUCUUCUUUCUUUAACCACAAAUUGUUGACUUAAAUAUGGAUGCACCUUUGACCAUACAUAGAUCACGUGAUAUACGAACAAAAGUUCCAGCCAACAGUGAACCAUCAAUUCAUUCCCUGUCAUAAUGUGAAACAUCAACAAGUUGUGAUUUAUGUACAGUGGUAAUUUAUAUAAUUGCUUAUAAUUGCAUUGUACAACAUAUAACUAUAAAGAAUUUUUACUACAUAGGAGCUUUAUUAUUUUUUUAAAUUUUUUUUAUUGCAUUCCAUUGUACAUAUUUGUAAUAGAGGUAAUUCUUGGUCAAAAUUACAAGUACCAGUCUUUCU